CAGAAAAAAAACUUCAAACACGAGAAGACAUCCGACAUAUUGAUGGUGUUUCUAGGAAAGUCAGAGUCAAUGAAACUUUUACUUAUAUUCCAAUCAUUGACACACUAAAAAUGAUACUUAGAGAACCCAACAACAGGAAACUUUUGAAAGAUGAGGAACCGGACAACCCUGCGAUCAAGGAGUACACAAGUUUUCGAUCCGGACAAACAUAUAAGAGUAGCGAAUAUUUCAAAAAAUUCCCUGAUGCUGUGCGUCUGAGUCUCUAUCAAGACGAUGUUGAACUUGGUAAUGCACUGAGCUCAAGAGCAGGCAUAAACAAAGUGUCCAUUUUUGACUUCAAAAUACAAAAUUUCCCGCAACAAUGGAAUAGUUCACCGAGAAUUGUUUUUCCACUCAUUUAUUGUACGUCUAUAGAUGCCAAAAAACACGGAUAUAAUAAAAUCCUCAAACCUCUGAUUCACGACCUUAAAAAGUUGGAAGAAGGAGUGACAGUUUGUUACGGCACAGAAACCUUCACACUCCGAGCAGUUGUAACCAUUUUUUGUGGUGACACCCUUGCGUUGCAUGAGGUAUUCGGGCUACUUGGACCAAUGGCGACAUUCUUUGGCAGACUAUGCACAAUCCAAAGACCAGCUUUUCAUCAGAAUCCAUUUGAAAAUUUUCCUUAACGGACGAAAGAAUGGUAUGAAAAAGUUGGAACAAAAUUGAAGCAGGAGAAAUAAGACCAUCCGAUUGUGGUUCUCCAAAAACAUUCUCUUUUUGGACGCCCUAUAAAAGUAAUCUUAAGUUCAUAUCAAGAAGGAAUUAUUGCCGAAAUUAUUAAAGUAAACUAACAUCAUGUUUGAAAAGUUAUGUUCUAUUACCAUGUAGGUACUAUUUCAUUAUAUUUUUUGAGGCAGUUUGAGAGGAGAUAACAGAGUGGGAAACAUUUUUGCUGCUGGACAACGAUGACUUCAUACGACUCAAGCUAUCAACGAAGAUGGUGAAAACUAUUCAAAAACAUCAAAAACACCUGGAAAAUAAUUCAGUAGUUGAAGAGCUGGAUGACGAACCUGAGCCCGCCAUCGAAACCGAAGAAGACUUUACUGGUCAAUCGGCUGACACAUCACAAACAGGCCAGAAUGUGUUCUCUGCGAUAAAUCUUGAGAAGGAAAUCGACGUCAACCAAAUCUUUUCGAAAACUCCAGUUGGACGAGAGAUUCAAGAAUUCUUGAGUGCAGGCAAUAAACCAAACGACGAAUGGAUGAAAAAGAUAACACAUGUCGUUUGUGACUGCAUGGCAGCUGUUUACGGCGUGAGACCAGAAACAUUCUACAAAGAAAUGCUUGCUCGAUCUUUGGUGAAGACGUAUCCAAUACUGGCUUCAACUGCAUCGGUCGUUCCUCACGCACUUUGGUUUUAUGAGAACGGUCGCGGUGUAGGAGCCCAUGGUGGCAAAAUUCAAUACCGGAUGGAGUAUUUGGCAAAAAAAUCACAACGGCGUCUUUUUCACCGAAACCAUCAUGCUCAGGCAUCAGCUACUGUGCCACUCAUUGAUACUCAGGAUAAUGACGAAUCAAAUAUUGAGGAAUUGAUUAACGAAUUACAAUUACAAAUACCUACGGAUCAGACGAAGCCUCGAAUAUUUUAUUUAUGGAAGCGAACGUUGCAUUAUCGUAACAACCUUAGAAAGAACGCAACGCUCCUGCAAUUUAUAAAGGAUUUUCCGGUUACUGCAGCCUUCGAAGGACAACUGAUAACCCUUGAUUUUGAGUCACUGCAUCCAAAUGCACCACCUUUCCAGGAGAUGUGGGAAUGCAUCCACCCGAAAAUCUUGGAUCAAUUUCAAGACGUUCACAGAUUUUUGAAAAACGAUCUUGUCAGGGCAUUGUGCAUUAUCCGUACCAAAAAUCCGACCAGAGGAGUCAAGCGACCACAUGACAGUGAAAACGAGAAGCAAGUGCGCAAACUCAAUCCGUUGCACGGUAUCGUGGAGUGGAUCAAUCAGGGAAUGGAACUACCACAGCCCGAUGUUCCAAUCAUCGUUGUAUUGGCAGCGUCAUUUGACGUUGGUGAUUGCAAUCUUGUGUGGAGAGACAUCGUAGUGCCAGUGGGGUCGGAUCUUCUGAACGCUUUCGUUCUAUUGCUGCAAACAUUUGUUGUAUGCAACGUAAAUGUCGCCCAUCUGAUAAGCUUUUCUAUUCGUUCUUCUACGCAUACUGCUUCAAAAUCGGUUCUCUGAGUACAACUGGCAAUAAGUUUCUCAGUCAAUUAAAUUGAUAAUCGUUUUUACAUUAAAUUCGCCUUGUUUUGUUUUCGAUUAAAUUUCAUUGUUAUUAGUUUAUAUCAGUAUAAGUAUUAAUGUUAAUUA